UAUAUGUUUCUACUUCUCUCUCUUCCCUUCUCUCUGAAUCGUAAUCCUCUUUGCCAAUGACGACCGUCACCUGCGGAGCCUCCUCGGGUGCCGUCGGUGACGGGCGCACCUAGGCGUCUCUGUUCUCGAUCAAUCCUGAUUUUAAGUUGGAUUAAUACGAGCCGGAGUUUAUUAAUGGCUCACUGCGUAUUCCUGCGUUCUGUCAUUGAUGAAGGAUCUAAGUGUUGGGUCAACUGUCUCGUUGGGCAAUUUCUUGAUCGGCCGGCGUCGCUCUCAUCUAUUCAUUUUUGGGCGAAUUGGAUUUGGGGGCGCGAUGGAGCGAUUAGGGUUUCAUGGUUGGGGGAUAAGCUGGUUCUGUACUUCUGUUCCAAUUUCCGACGGCGGAGGUCUGCCGCUGGGUCUUCGAAGGAGGGCCUUUGCACCACAGGGAGAAUAUGCUUGAUGACUCGGUAUUUGCACAUGUUUUCCCCUUUGUUUCUUGAUUGUUUGAGCUUGAAUUAUUGCGUCUUUGGCCUAUUUUAUGCUAGGUUGUAUUCCUUUGUCCCAUUUCAGGUCCUAGCACAUAAAGUGAAGCAUAGGCGCAAGUUUCAAGUCAAUCAGAGAUCAAUUGACGAUUCGAGAGAAGAAACUCGGGCAUGACCUGAAGAAGAAUGGAUUUCUACCUCACUUUAUGGACAAAGAAUCAUGCAAGCUUGUUAUGAAACGAAAGAGGACGAGACUACGAGCGUCUGGGAUCAAACGGCGAUUGAUUCGGAGUCCGGACGAGGGAGAAACGAAGCAUUAAACAGAGGCUGAGCAAGCUGCACGGGCAGACCAGGGAGGCUGCACGGCCGUGCACGUGAGCAAUAUGGCCGUGCGCCUUAUGCCGAGGACACGCACGGGCAACCCUGAAGCUCGCACGGCCGUGCACCCUGGCCGUGCGAGAGGGCUGAAGUUCGACUAAAUGAUACGCUGCGUUUUGAGUUGCACGGCCAGAAUGGUGAUAUGCACGGCCGUGCACCCUGGCCGUGCGAGUCGGGAUUUCCUGGUUUUAAGCCAAAUUCCGAACCAAAGAAGAGGAGAGCUGGGUUUUGGAUCCCAAACACCCAAGGGACGAACCCUAGAGAGAGAGGGCGAUUUGAGGGCAUUCUUGGAGUAGAGAAGGAGGAUUUCUUCGCCUUGGAAGCUCGAGGAACAAGCCCGGACUUGAAGACUGAUCAUCUGAAGAUUCUUACUGCAGUCUCUCUCUUCCCUAUGGAGUAACUUCCCUUCACUUAGGUUUUGAGGAACCCUAGCUAUGUUUGUUUGAUUGGAUGAUUGUAUGAGUACUCUGACUGGAUAAUCUUGAGUUCAUAUUCAAUCUAUGCAUGUUUUCAUGAUUCAAUUCUGCUUUAGUCGAGCUUAUUGAUUCUGCUUUGAUCCUAUGAGAGGGAAUACCUGAUUAGGUCAAUAGAGCACCAUAGAUUGAUAGUAGUGGAUCGAUUGCUUUAGUCGAGGGUUGAUUCACUGCUUUGUAUCGAUUGAGAACCUCUUUCGAUAGAGGGAGUCUAGUUCAGAACGCCUUGAUCAGUUGUUCUAGAGAAGGAUACGUCCCUCUAGGCAAUUGACUCAAGAGGGCCUUGUUCCUUUAGUCGAGAGUCAAGGUCUAGUCAAGGAUUCUCCGCAUUGUGAAUGAAAGUGAAACAGGUUAGAGAUCAUCAAUCGUUAAUCUGGCUAGUGGCUAGGGGGAAUCAUACCUAAGUGAGUUCCCAACCUGUAAUUAGAUUAACUUUAACUGUAGUUUGCUAGAGUAGUUUUAGCUCUUUCAUCUUAAUCUGGUUUGCUAAAUAAUAAACUGAAGCUGAGUAAUAGUAACUCUAGAGACCCGUGGAUUCGAUAUUUAUCACUUGAGCCACUAUACUGCAGUCCCUUUCAUUGGUUACACUUGGCCUUUGUUAGGUGUUGUGUUUUAGAGCAUCAAGUUUUUGGCGCCGUUGCCGGGGACUUUCUAGAGUAUUAGGAAAGGCAGAAGUUUGUUACUUUAGCGUUUUUAUUUUCUUUUCUUUUCCACCCUUGCUUUUCACUUGGGUUUUUUGUUUUUGUUGGUGCAGAUCUGAAUCAUGGAUCCUAAUGGCUUCUCCAAUCAUUGGGGGUAUCCACCACCAUCUGGGUGGUAUUACCCCGAGACUCCGUGGAGCAAUCAAGGCGGAGAAGACUAUGGAUUCGGGUUCCAGUACCAACCCCCUUACUACGGAGAACAACCGGACCCCUGGGCAUAUCAAGAACAACCUCAUUAUCAAGAAGAAUUUCUCCCACAACCAGAAGGGCCAUCGGCACUGGAGUUACUCAUGGAGCAGUAUGCUCGAGACUGUGAGAGAACAUGCUCCAGGAUGGAUCAGUGUGUCCAGGCCUAUCGUGAAACAGAUGAGAUCCUCCUGAGCCUUAAGAAGAGCGUCGAUGAUCUUGAGCGAUCUUGGGCGCAACCUGCUCCAGAUCACCCUUCUGCUACCCUACAAGAAGAGGAGGAGGAAGAAGAAGGCUACAAGGGCAUUGUGGAACACACUGAAGUUGUCACGGAGAGCUCCCGUGAUGAUCAUGAUCAGGCCUGUCAUGUCGUAGCCGACCACACCUUCCCACACCCCAAACUGAGCUUUGAAGGGGCGGGCAUGAGUGAGGAGAUGCAAGAAGAUCUCAUGAAAGAAAUUGCUUGGCAACUUGCUCUCCAAUCCGUGCUAGAAGAAGAAGAGCAAGAAAGGGUGCAGAAAGAAGUUGUGGAGGAUGACGAAAGUGAAGCAGGAGGAGUUCUUGAUCAUUUCCCAGGGGUGAUACCACAUGAAGAAGGAAGGGAGGUUGAAGAAGCAACUGGCGUCCAGGCUGAGGACGGAGUUAAGGUGGAAGAGGCCUGCACUGGCCAUGAGUUACAUGUGAUAUCUCCACCAAACCUCGAGGAACUGCUUGGCAAGGACCCAUUUGCAGUGUCUCUUUGCCAGACCAAGGCCACCUCGACAUCGGUCCCUCUUGGUGGACGCGAUGGUGGCCAAUCAAUGUUGUCAUAUCUGGUUUGGGGCAAUGAGACGAGAGAAGAGAAGAAGAGGUCUCGAGGGUGGAGACUUCAUCUGCAUCAAGUACAUGAGCCUUCAUCACCUGCCACACCACAUGCUCGUGACUUGAGACUCCACCUCAUCGACGAGAACCUCAACUUCAAGGAGGUUCUAGCAUGGACCGAAACUUAGGAGCCAUCGUCCGGCUCACGACGUGAAAGAAGCGCUUGUUGGGAGGCAACCCAACCAGUCGGUUUGCAUUUCUUUCUCUAUUUCUCUUCGGUGGAGUCAGUUUUGUUCUUUGAUUUUAGAGUCAAUAACUCAACCUUUGUGAGAUUUUGUGUGGUGUUUGUGUUCUGAUUACUCUCUCCUUCUGGAAUGCACCGCCUGACCCGUUCAUCACCAUUCACCCUUGAUCUGGUAACUUCGUUCUACCCUCCUUAUCUUUCCUCCAUUGAGGACAAUGUCGUGCUUAAGUGUGGGGGGAUGUUCGAUUAUGUAUGCGGGUGAAUGUUUGGCUGUUUGUGUGCUUGGAGCCUAGUCCACUGUCCAAAUUUUUAAAUUUGAGGGCUCCAAGUACGUGUUUCCUUGCAAUUGCCUGCUCAGUAUGCUUUGAAUUGACAGUCUUUACAGUAAUAUGCAACCUAGGGAGGUAGUGUAGCACUAUGGAGGAUGUUGAUGCAUUUAAGAAGUCUCAUUUCUUCUUCAUAUAAAGUUGGUUGAUUGAGUGAAUUAGUGAUCUUAGGACCCUUGAAUUGUGUGGUGUUGUGGAUUCUCUGCUUGUCAAGGACUCUUGUAUCAUGUUUUGAAAAUAACAGGUGCUCGAAAAUGUGCUUCAAAAUAAACGUCUCCCGUGCGAAUAGGGCGAAAGUGUGUAAGGGGAGACGGGAAUUCGUUCCCAAUUUCCACCUACUACCUCCAGCCCCCUUACAUGUCUUUCCCCCGCACGAGGCUCGAGACAUCCGCUCCUGGCAUGGCCGGUAAGAGCAGGUUGGGACCCUUGAAAAGAAAAAAAGAAAAGAAAAAUAACAGAAAACAAGCAAAACAGAAAAAAGGGGUCUCAACCAUCUUCAAGAAGAAAAUAGAGCACCUUGAAAAAUGUGAGUCCAUGAUCCUUUGUUUUUGAGAAUCUCUGCAUCCACAAUUCAUUUGUCCUCUGUUCACUAUUUGCCAUGAUGCCGACUCGAUACUAGUGCUCUCGCCGAAGAAGCUAUGAGAUGACUUGUGUGUCGGUUGACCUCGUAAGUUGCUAAAUGAUCUAGGAAGUCCUCUACCUACGAUCUGGGGUGUUUGUUGCUAUAGAGGUCUGAAGAGUUGCAUUGGUUUGAGUUAGGUUCGCUUGGGGACAAGCAAACAGUUAAGUGUGGGGGGAUUUGAUGACUCGGUAUUUGCACAUGUUUUCCCCUUUGUUUCUUGAUUGUUUGAGCUUGAAUUAUUGCGUCUUUGGCCUAUUUUAUGCUAGGUUGUAUUCCUUUGUCCCAUUUCAGGUCCUAGCACAUAAAGUGAAGCAUAGGCG